AUGCGGGAGAUUAUUCACGUAGCGUUCCCGACAUUGAUCCUCGACAAAUUAAGUCGGUUGCUCGACCGACGGAGCGAGAUGUCACACCAGCAGGAACUGGUGGAAGCUGCGUCCUGCAAGCUCGCAGCAAGUGGAACGCCGCAUUUGGUUGAUUAUGGGCGAUCGCAAAGACGUGGGAGAAUAGCGAGUGUCUCCAUUCCGCGCCGGCUCGACGGCUUUGGAUUUGUGCCAAGGCUUAGCACUGCAUUGGAGAAAUCACGCGAGAUCGUCAGAAGAUACACCUUGACAAAUAAACAUAAGGCGAUUGUGCGUCUAAUAUCUUGGGGUGCCGGUAUCCAAUCAAUCAAAGUUCCCAAUCAAGAUGGUAACUUAACCGAUGUUGUUUUAGGAUUUGAUGACAUGGACGGAUAUUUGAAGAACAGAUAUAUGGGAAGCAUCAUUGGCCGCGUUGCCAAUUGUAUUUCCGGCGGUCCAAUGCAUCUCGACAACGUAAUUUAUCCUUUGUCGAUUAACGACGGGGCUGGAAAGGAUUGUUUCAAUAACGAUACGGUCGCGUUCGAUAAUGCUAAUUGGCAGUCGCAGAUAGUGAACAAUCGAGUGUAUUGCUUGUUUUAUAUUGUCGACGAGGUGAUGUCGCAUUUGAGUCGUGGCAACCGAAGAUACCCUGGUGAUGUGUUAACGCAAAUAAAAUACACGUGGACGGAUGACAAUCAACUUCACAUUAAUAUCCGUGCCACCAGCACAAAGUCCACCCCCGUCAAUAUUACUAAUUACUGUUUGUUCAAUCUCGCCGGACACGGUACAGGUUCGAAGGAAUUGAAGAAACAUGUACUCACGGUUAAUGCCAAUAGUUGGAUCUCCAUGAAAGUCAAUAAUUUGCCGUCCAUUAUUACAUAUCCAGUGGAUGGUACAGUUUUCGAGCUGCGUUUACCAACACAAUUGAACCAACGUCGAUUAUUUGAUGUAUCAGGUGGUGGUUACAACCACAAUCUAUGUAUCAACAGUCCCAGUUGUUGGUGUUAUCGUUUCCACGCACGAAUUUUACAUCCUACUUCCGGACGAUUUUUGGAGGUUUAUUCGAACCAACCUGUAUUGCGAGUUUAUACUGGCAAUGAAUUACCACGUCAACAUGUUUAUCCUCCCGAUCUAAAAGAAGGAGGAGACUACAAGAACGUACGACUUAAUGCUUUGGAAUUGGCAAAAAAAAUUGCAAAGGAAGAAACAACUGAAAUUUAUGGCAAAGGAGGUAUUCCCUAUCGUUGUCAUGAUGGAUUUGCUUUGUCGCCUCAAAAUUAUUUUCACACUGUUGACCACUUUCCCUUUUGCUGCUUGCAUCCUGGAAAAGUUUAUGUGCACGACAUGACAUAUAAGUUUGGAAUACUUUCCGAAAAUUAAAACAUA